GCCGCCUGGCUCCUCGGCGGUCCGCGGCGGCGGUGGCGGCGGCGGCGGCGGCUACGGCAACAUGGAGAGCGGGGCGUACGGCGCGCCCAGGGCGGGCGGCUCCUUUGACCUGCGACGCUUCGUGACGCAGCCGCAGGUGUUGGUGCGCGCCGUGUGCUUGGUCUUCGCCUUGAUCGUGUUCUCAUGCAUCUUCGGCGAGGGCUAUAGCAACACCCAUGAUUCCCAGCAGCAGUACUGUGUCUUCAACCGCAACGAGGACGCGUGCCGCUACGGCAGCGCCAUUGGGGUGCUGGCCUUCCUGGCCUCAGCCUUCUUCUUCGUGGUCGACAUCUACUUCCCCCAGAUCAGCAAUGCCACUGACCGCAAGUACCUGGUCAUCGGUGACCUGCUCUUCUCAGCUCUCUGGACCUUCCUGUGGUUCGUUGGCUUCUGCUUCCUCACCAAUCAGUGGGCGGCCACCAAGGUGAACGAUGUGGUUAUAGGAGCCGACUCAGCCCGGGCGGCCAUCACCUUCAGCUUCUUCUCCAUCUUCUCCUGGGGCCUGCUGGCCUUCCUGGCCUACCAGCGCUACAAGGCUGGAGUGGACGAAUUCAUCCAGAACUACGUGGACCCCACUCCGGACCCAAGCACAGCCUACGCCUCCUACCCAGGCAUGCCUGCGGACACCUACCAGCAGCCGCCCUUCACCCAGAACGCCGAGAGCACCGAGGGCUACCAGCCGCCCCCUGUGUACUGAGCUGCAGCCAGGACGGUUUGGGGAGGGAGGAGAGUGCCUGGGGGGCCUCCCCUCCUCCCCGGCUCCUCCCCCAGGGCUUGGCUCCUAGAGCCUCUGGCCCCUCUCUAUGCACCUGGCGCCUGUCCGAACUGACACAGGGCCUGGAGAGAGAGCCCUGAAGUGCCUAUGCCCCAAGGGCUUCACCCACCACUCCUCGAGGGCAUUUUUUAGGAAAGGGUUUUUAGCUAGACACAUUUUGUUGCUUUUAAUGACCGGCAUCCCCACCGGGAAUAGCUCCAGGUGCCCGACAUGCUCUUUUGACAAGUGCCUUAGCUUCUCCCCAGCCCGGGAGCCGGGCCUAUGUCCAGGCGCCGGUGGCGGCAGCCAUUUCGGGUUUUCUGCCAAAGUCGAGGCUGCAGGGCCUUCUCUCUCCUGCCGUGGGCACUGGGCCGGGGCUCCUUCCCUCCUCACUCAGGUUUGUUCCGCCCCAGCCCCCUGCCUGCUCUGUGGGCGGCUGGCUGUGCUCACUGCUGAAGUGUGUGCUCGCUUGGACCUGUGGUCACACUCUGUGCCAGUGCCUCUGGGUCACCUUCCUGGCAGCUGAGGGGCUGGUGCCCAGCCCGGGGGACCCUGUCUCUGAUCCCGCCCUGUGGCCGCAGGGAGGGGCUUUGCCUGACAACACCCAGCUUUAUGUAAAUAUCCCAGGUCUGUCAGGAGGUGCCCACAGCCCCCAGGCUGCUCUGAAUGUAUAUUACAAAGCCUUGGGGGAAGGACGCACAGCACCCUUGGAUUCUGUUAGACUAAUUCUGGAGAUGGAAUAAAUGGUUUUCUCAUUCAUA